CUGCUAAAACGGUAGCAGAGUCUAAGGUAGAGAGAGAGAGAGAGAGAGAGAGAGAGAGAGAAUGGGGAAGGACAGGAAAACAGGGGUGGCAAUGGACUUCUCAAAGAGCAGCAAAAUGGCACUGCAAUGGGCAAUAGACAACUUGGCUGACAAAGGAGACACCAUCUUCAUCAUCCACAUAAAAUCUUCCACCCUCGACGAGUCUCGCAAUCGUCUCUGGUCCAAGUCUGGUUCUCCUCUUAUUCCUUUGUCGGAGUUUCGUGAAGCCGAGAUUUUGAAGAAAUAUGAUGUCAAAACUGACAUUGAUAUCCUCGACAUGCUCGACACUGCUUCUCGACAGAAAGAGGUGAAUGUUGUUAUGAAAUUGUAUUGGGGUGAUGCAAGAGAAAAGCUAUGUGAAGCAGUUGAAGAUCUGAAGCUGAAUUCUUUGGUUAUGGGAAGCAGAGGUCUUAGCACCAUGCAAAGGAUAAUCUUGGGAAGCGUGACCAAUUUUGUGAUGAGCCAUGCCACUUGCCCUGUGACCAUCUUCAAGGAUCCAGAUUUUCAAAAGCACUGAAAUGUCCAAAUUCCAGGAAUUGAUUCUUUUUAAUUAUUUAUUUUUAUAAUACUAAUAUAUAUUUGGAUUUUCGCUAUGUAUGAGCACACGAUUAGUCUUUUUUUUUUUUUUCAAAUGUUUAUGUUUUGACAUUAUUAUGUCUUGAGAUUCGAGGCAGACUCUCUGAUGGCAUUGCAAUCAACAUUACUCAUCUCAUCUAUCCAUUUGCAGAGUCCAGGAAAUUUCUCCUCUGUCAACAACUACACCACACCCAUUGCUUCCUGAGUGACUUGAAGCCAAAACCCGAUCAAGUUUGUCACGAUGUCUACUCGAGUGAUAGCCAAUUUUGAUGUGGACUAGAUUGGAUCAUCUAUGGUUGCAAGCUUACAAUCAAUCAUAUCUAUUAGAAAUGAGGAUUAGCUAUUGUUAGUUUCAAUUCUUCUUCUUAUGGAGGCCAUAUUAGAAAUUCGUAAGGUUGCAACAUCUAGAACAUUUUUUACAUCAGAGUACUUGAUUUUCUCAUUUAUUC